AAAUAGUAAUUUCAGUUCAGCUGCAGUUCUAAACUAGUAAAGUCGGCUCGCUUUCAGUUGUAUCCCCACCAUAUAGAUAUGCCCAAGUUCGUUCUGAAAAAAAUACUCGUAACGCUCGCCUCGAUUACGGGAAUUGGAAAGCCGAGUGUUGUUCACAUUCUGAUCGUGGUAUUUCUGGAAUAUUUCGCCUGGGGACUGCUGACUAUGCCCAUGAUAGCCACUCUAAAGGAGACCUUCCCGGAUCACACAUUCCUGAUGAACGGUUUGGUCAUGGGUGUCAAGGGAAUACUCUCUUUUUUGUCAGCCCCUCUGAUCGGGGCUUUAUCGGAUAUCUACGGACGAAAGUUGCUGCUGCUGAUAACAGUGAUCUUCACUUGCCUACCGAUCCCCAUGAUGACGAUCGAUAACUUUUGGUUUUUUGUGAUCAGUUCGAUUAGUGGCGUUUUGGGUGUAAGCUUCUCUGUUGCUUUUGCCUAUGUGGCCGAUGUUACAACAAAGGAAGAGCGCUCCAGAUCUUAUGGCCUGAUAUCGGCCACCUUUGCCGCCAGUUUGGUGAUCGCACCCGCUUUGGGUAAUCUCAUAAUGGAUCUUUAUGGAAUUAACACUGUUGUACUUAUAGCUACUCUGGUCUCCACAACAAAUGUGAUCUUUGUGCUGCUAGCAGUUCCCGAAAGCUUGCCCAGAAAAAUCAGAUCCACUGGGUUGAGCUGGAAACAAGCAGAUCCGUUUCUGGGCAUACUACGAGUAAGCUCCGAUCCCAAUAUCCUGAUAUUGUGCAUCGUGGUAUUCAUGUUCCUGCUCCCCGAAGCAGGGGAAUAUUCCAGUUUACCGGCAUACCUUAAACUGACAAUGGGAUUUGAUUUUGUAGAGCUCUCUACUUUGGUGGCUUUUAUGGCCUUGUUAAGCAUAACCGUAAACGUUACUUUGGGAGCUAUAGUAAGAACUAUAGGCGCCAAGAAAGCGAUAAUAUUGGGUCUGGCUCUGGAGUUGCUACAAUUAACCCUUUAUGCCGUUGGAGUCGAAAAGUGGCAAAUGUGGCUGGCUGGAAAUGUGGCCGCCCUGAGUUCCAUCACAUUUCCGGCCGUAAGUGCCUACGUUUCCCUUUAUACGGAUGGUGAAAGUCAGGGAGCAGUUCAGGGAAUGAUCGCGGGAAUGUCUGGAUUAUGCAAUGGACUUGGACCCGCCCUAUUUGGUAUCCUAUUUUACAUUUGCGACAUGGACUUGAGCGAGGAUCGAGUUUCAUUGGGGAGUAUAAGGAAAGAACGCACUGUUGCCGGUCCCUUUAUGUUUGGAGCAAUCUAUGUGUUUAUUGGCAUGCUGUUGAUCUCGUAUAUCCCAGAUGAAAAGGACUCUAGGGGUAGAAAAGAGGAAUUCUCCGCCUUGAAGUAUACCAUUGAAAUGGAUGACGAAAUGCAGGGAUCCUAAUUGAAAGAAUCCGCUGAUCAAGGGAUAAAUCCAUUAUU